AGCACAACUUGUUGAACUAGCAGUCUACCACGUACUACGGUACUACGACUACCUACAUAGUUGCCUUCCUUCUUUCAAGUUAGGUCUGGCCAAGGGAGAUCAACUUCCCGUCAACCUACCAAAGCCUCCAUACCUAGAGCAAGAUCGAACUGUUUUCGGACAUGCUUUCCCCUGCUGGGAGUUCAGCAUCAGAUGUUUUGGUUUUGAGUGACAUUUUCAGAGAAGUCGCCGAACUUGAUACGAUUGAUUUCGGUAUUUGUGACCUACAGUUACCCAAGGCUUAUGCUUAUAUGUGAUUUCGAUCUUCAAGAUCAAUGUGGGGACGUGCUGAUGUUCCUCGCAGAGCCAAACCCCGAGGAAGAGUUUGCGGAGUUUUCUGAUGUUUACUAUGGGGUAUACUCGAUAGUAGAGCACAUUAUCGAAGAGAAUGAUGCGGUACCGGGAAGGCCAAGAUUGACUUACUUCGAAGACGAACGCAUCCUUCUUGUCGAAAAGUUCGGCAGCAUGCACGAAGCUCCAUUCUGUCACUUGCAAUCGAUAUUUUCUAGCUUUUUGUACGGCUCCCAUCUCAGGGAUUGCUCUGUGGAUACCUCAGUAUCCAGGGUUUUGGGGCUGAUGUCCGCAUCUGCCAUUCCAGACUUGUUGAUUACGAUGAAUGUGAUGACCGAGGAUGAUUGGAUUCAUGAGGUCCUUGUCAUCGGAGAAUGUGCGUUUGCCCAAGACACGAAUUCAGUCCUUCGGAAAAUCAAAUAUGAAAUCGCCAGCCAUCCAGAGGUCUUGAUGGUCAUAAUGAUAGUGAUUGAUGAACAUCAUGCACAAUAUCGCUCACCUGGACGUAUGUCCGAAGCAUGGCAGAUAUUACGCAGGGAGACAUCGACUCUUUCACGCUCUUCAUUCCAUUCGCUUCGAGGCGCUACAGCACGAUCUCUUAAGGAACCCAUCGUAGUCGCGGGCCAUACAUGGUGUCACCUUGAAUCUGUUCGAUUUCACGUUUGGGUCCGGGGGGACGAAGCAAUCAACGUUGAUGUUGACAAUGAAUUGCUGGCACGUGGUACCUUGUUUCCAAACCAAGAGAUGGGUGCAGUUGACGCUAUGAUCGAUAAGGGCAUGGUGAUGAUGCGAGACCAUCUUGCAGCUGUCUGCCAGAAGGUAGCUCCGGGCAGUGACAUUUCUGCUCUUCGAGACUCUAGUGUCACUUUCCGUCCCGAGUGGAAUCGUCUGUUGCGUGAUCUGAUGCGUGCAGUCGACGACACCGCCUAUGACCGGUACCGUUCGUGGUGUGAUUCGCCCCCCUGAAGUACCUCUGCCCUCGAUCACCAGACGUGCUCGUAACCAGGCAAGUUUUUGAAAGCGGGGAGCCCCAUGUGUGAAUCGUGGCAGUACUGGCCGGUCAUGGAGCCAAGGGCUCCUGGUUUUACACAACAUCAUACUUAAUUUGUACUCCAUAGACAUCCUCGCCCCGCACUAGUGUCGACAUAUAAGAACGUGUUGCAUUGAUAAAAGGGUGUA